GUGAUUUAGUAGCAACGAGCCAUGCUGGAGUUUGGACGCAUGAAGCAGACUUCAAAAUCUGGAUGCAGUUCUUCGAAGAAAGGACAGAUGCGCCACCACCAUGCAUCUUGAAGCCCAAGUAGGAAUCUUGCGUUAUCUUUAAUGAGCAGAAAGUUCCACCUUUGGGACCACAUACUGUCCUCACGGGUCCAUUGGUGCCUGACAUCCCUGCAUUCUGAAAGUUGGUGGUCCUUCUAAAAGUCUAUACAUUGACCAAUCACAAGUGCACGUUGAACGGAAAGCCUGCGAGGAGCUGUACUCCUACUUGAAGGGCGUCUGUUUCUGUGCGGCACAAUGAGCCUCCGACCAAAAGCGAAGAAUGGGGAUGUGGUGCCACCACAAAAAGACGAAACUCCUCAGCCAAGCUUUCAGUUCAAACAUCUACUAGAGCAAGACAGAUUGUGGGACCGGGACGAGCUCGGCGAUGUCAUCCACUGGCUGCGGCAAAUUCUUGGUCUCAUCUUCGGCGUUGCUUAUGGUUUGGCUGGGGUGGUGGGGGGCCCUUACCUGAUGCUGUAUUUAUUGGCAUCCACGGGAAUCACAUAUUCAUAUUACAAGUACGUAUUGAACAUUGAUGAAGAUGACUUUGGCGGGACGACCAAUCUGUUGGUGGAAGGACUGGUCUCCGGGACAGCACUGAUGGUGGUGGCAUGGGUACUUCUCUACAGCAGUCUACAUGUAUAGCAAGCUAUGAGAGAUACCAUGUGGGCAAAGGUACGUCGAGUCGAGAUAGUUUUAGCAAGGUGUGCAAAGCCAGGUCGAUCUUAGAGCACAAGCAUCGUGCGACAGCGUGAUCUGGGAGCAAUAUUCUUUUGAAAGGGACUUCGUACUGCAGGCAAGACAGGUUGUGAUGCGCGCUAUGUGCAAGCUUUGAUUUCUUAUUUACCUUGCGACGACCUGUGGCAGAGGUAUCAACAAUGAUAGUGGAUGCCUCCUUGAGUCGCCCCUGUUACUGCAAUCCUGCAUGGAAGCUGUCAUGCUGACAGUAACACGCGUGCCUGCACGUCCAGAGCUUCUAUAAGUGUGAAAAGUAAGAGCGGGGAGGUGUUUAAUAAAGUUGCUGAAGAUGCUCAAACAUCCAAUCUGCCACUUGAGUAUCAAAAGGUGCGGGUCAGGCCGCAAGCUGACAGGAUGGAAGGAGGGAGAACGUGGGCCCCCGAGCUGAUAUAAGAUCGAGACCCUUCCUAGGAUCGACGAUCUUGACUGAUCGGUCCACUGAUUCAGACCGUCGAUCCAAGGGGUUCUUGUGGAAGGGAGUUCGCUCCUCGGAUGGUCCGUCAGGAGUCCCUGUCCUUCCUCGUCCGUUACUUGAUAGUCCACGUGGGGUUCACGUAUAGAGUUGUUUGUGCAUGACUUGCACUGAUGGUGACAAUCGUU